AUGACAACACUGCAGGGAGAGGUCCAGGGCUCCCUCUUCACUGACGGGGACGGCUUCGACAUGUGGCACGACUACAUGAACCUGGGCAGGCUCCUGGAGAGGCUGUGCGUCAGGCGUGAAGCGGAGCGCACGGACCGAGAGGGGCCACAGUUGGAACCGGUGGCACACUGGAGCCUCUUCCGAACCUUGUCCGAUCCGCGGGAGGAGGACAACAAACUGUCCGCGGAGACGAGCUCGGCCAGCAGCUUGUCCGACACCAGCUGCGGCGCCAGCGUCUCCUCGGACCACUGUCGCUUCUGCAAGCAGAACGGGGAGUCUCCCAGGGUGUACCGGUCACACAGGCUGAAAUCCAACGACGGCAAGGUCACCUGCCCCAUCCUGCGCAAAUACACCUGUCCCACCUGUGAGGCCACCGGGGACCAAGCACACACACGCCGGUACUGCCCGCAGACGCAGAGGAGGGGAGGUGGGAAGAUGCUGUCCAGGUCCAGGUUCUGGUAGCUGGUGAUGGACAGUGAAGGACUGAUGACACUGAAGGGACUGUACAUAAUUACACGUUUGGAUCAUGUGUUCAUGUGCACAGACUGUUGCAGGUGCAGCCUUUGGAAAUGUGCAGUUUGGCUUGAGUCAUGUUUGAGACUACAGCUGCCUUGUUUGGUAUAUAUUUGGAUUUAAAUGUAUGCAGUUUUUGUUAUACAGGUAAUCUAUAAAUGACUUGUCUUUAAUCCUGCAAAUAAAACUUGA